CUCUCUUCCACUUUAUCCACUUCAUCUCAAACGAGCCUAACGUUUGCACCUGCAACAUUUAGAUGUGUGGGAUCACCAUGAGACUGUUAAUUCUUAACCCUGGACUGGAUGACCGGAUCCCUUCCUAUGAGGAUCUGACCAGGAUGGAGAAGGAGGAUGCCGGGGACAGGCCCAAGUGGGACAACAAAGUCCAGUACAUCCUAACCUGCGUGGGCCUCUGUAUUGGGAUUAGCACUGUGUGGCGAUUUCCUUACUUGUGUCAAAGUCAUGGAGGAGGUGCCUUUUUGAUUCCUUACCUGCUCCUGCUGGUGCUGGAAGGAAUGCCUCUCCUGCUGAUGGAGAUGGCCAUCGGCCAGCGUCUCAGGACCGGUAGUGUGGGAGUGUGGAGAUCCAUCAAUCCUUAUCUUACUGGUUUUGGUAUAGCCUCCAUGCUGGUUUCCUUAUUGAUCGGACUGUACUACAACACCUUAAUAGCCUGGAUCAUGUGGUAUCUCUUCAAUUCAUUCAGAGAUCCACUGCCUUGGAAUCAAUGUCCUCUCAAUGACAAUGGGACAGGAUUUGUACCAGAGUGCCAACGAAGCUCCCCCGUGGAUUAUUAUUUUUACAGAGUGACUCUGAAUACUACGACCUCUAUAGCUGACUCAGGAGGAAUCCACUGGCCCAUAGUACUCUGCCUGCUAGCUGCCUGGACCGUCUUGUGUGUGUGCUACAUACGAGGGAUUGGCACGUCAGGCAAGGCAGUGUACGUCACAUCCACCCUGCCUUACGUAGUGCUGACCAUCUUCCUGAUCCGAGGACUGACUCUUAAAGGUUCCCUGAGUGGAAUACAGUUCCUCUUCACGCCAGACGUUGAUGAGUUAAUGAACCCAACGACUUGGUUGGAUGCAGGAAGCCAGGUCUUUUUUGUGUUUGGUUUGGGGUGGGGAGGCCUCAUCUCCUUAUCAAGUUACAACCCUGUUCGCAACCACUGCAUGCACGACGCUAUGAUCCUGACAGUUGUAACUAGCCUCACCGCAAUCUAUGCUGCCAUAGUCACCUACUCCAUCAUUGGCUUCAGGGCCACAGAGAAAUAUGACAACUGUAUCAGCAGUAACAUCUUGACUUUACUAAAUGCAUUCGAGCUUCCUGAAGACAGCAUCACUACAGACAACUACGAGGCAGCAUUUAAACAUCUCAACAGCUCCUCUCAUGAUAUUGUUCUUGGAUUGGACAUCAAAACAUGUAACAUGCAGAAACUUCUCAGUGAGGGAGUGGAGGGAACAGGUCUGGCCUUCAUUGUUUUCACAGAUGCCAUCAACAAGAUGCCUGGUUCUCCAGUUUGGUCUGUCCUCUUUUUCGCUAUGCUCUUUUGCAUGGGACUCUCGAGCGUGUUUGGCAACAUUGAGGGAGUGGUGGUGCCACUUAAAGAUCUGAAUUUAUUCCCUAAAAAAUGGCCCCAAGAAGCACUGACGGGGUUAACAUGUGGUGGCUCCUUCAUCAUCUGCCUCCUGUUUGCGCAGCAAUCAGGGAUGUACUGGGUAACUCUCUUUGACAAGUUUACUGGAUCAGUUCCACUUUUGGUCAUUGGACUGUUUGAGAUGAUAGUUAUUGUUUACAUCUACGGCAUAGACAGGUUCAAUAAAGACUUGGAGUUCAUGGUGGGACAUAAGCCAGGCCUCUACUGGCAGGUUACAUGGAGGUUCAUCAGUCCUCUUAUCGUUCUGGUUAUUUUAGUUUUCUACCUGGUGACACAAGUCCAAGAAGAGCUCACCUACUUAGUCUGGGAUCCCAACUCUGAGGAGUUCCCUUCCCUGGCAUCAGUACCGUACCCUUCAUGGGUCUAUGUGAUCGUCUUUCUUUUGGCGGGAGUCUCCAGUUUGACAGCACCUGUGUAUGCAUUAUGUAGACUGGUCUAUGUUUACUGCAAGAAAAAAAUAGUAUCUGUAGGAAAAUGACCAUCAUUUCUUGCAAUGCAACAGAAUGCAAUAUUUUUUGGAGAUUAAAAUUAUCGUUGUUUAAAUUUGGUUUGUCUAUUUAUAACAAUGUAUGUUCCAAACGCACAAGACUUAUGUUUUAUUGAUGCAUUUUAUUAAAGUACUAUUAUGAAUCAACUGUAGUUACUAGUUGCAUUCAUUUGCCUGCUUAUAUUAUUUCUUGUUGUGUUGACAAGACAACAUGCUGUUUUCCACAAUUCAAGUUUUAUGUGAUGGCCCUGUAAGCUCAACACACUACAACUUAAGAAAGCACAUG